UCGACUUUGAGGAAAGAGAUGUUCUAGAAUCGACAAACCUGAGGCUGGUGCAAUCCAGCAGCACUGUGCUUGAUGGAAGUGGGAACCCGCCUUAUGAAAGCUCUGUUGAUCCACCUUCCUCGGGAAAAGCGUCAUGCAGGUGAGGCCUCUGGUAUAAUCCUGAUACGGUUGACCAUCCCAUUUGCACAUGGCAUGCAAUGCCGGGAAUAUUAUAGUUCGAUCCAGGUAUCACACCUUCCAGCAGCAAUGGACAUUCCUCCAGCCAGUUACCGCUUCCCUAUCGUCCCCCAACAUAUACGCGCAGAGCUUACAAGCCUGAAAGAUGGCUUGCCGUCAGUGCGGCUAAAGUCGGAUAUUGUGAACUGGCUGUUCUAUGAUCUGUCAAGGUACACUCUCUUUCCUGGAAAACUGUAUUCCGUUUGCGCGCAACACCUUGUAUGCAAGUAUCCUAAACUCAAGGACAACACGAAGACUGGCUAUGGCACCUGGGUUAUGUCUCUGAGAUACAAGGCUAAAAACACAAGAAGGCGCCUGCCACCAGGUAACCCCGUCCUUGAAGACGCUCGUCAAAAAGCGAAGAAGCAAUGCACACCUUCAUCGUCAGCGUCUCCAUUUCACCGAGCGGGAAACGCAAACGGCAUGGAUGAACUGGGCGAUGGCGAAGAUGAAGGAACUAUUGAAGUCCACCUCAACAUAUUGAACAAAGAAAUGAGGAAAACUGUGCCUGAUAUGGAAAAGGUUUCACUUUCGAUGGACAGGACUUUCACUUUCCGCAAGCGCUGGCUGAGGGAAGAGAAGCCUUUGGUCGCGGAAGUUCUGGAGAAGUACCCCCCGUUAAGAAGUGAGGAACAGGUAUACAUGCUAACUUCCCUGCCCACUCUUGCGCCUAGCGCAAAGUUGUAGUUCACACGUUCCGAUGUACUGUUCCCUCUCUUCCUCCAUGUGUAUAGCUCUCGCAGGAAUUCCUCAGGCACACUGGUGUUAACAUCGACAAUGCAAUUACACGGUUCAUAAACCAAUAUGGCGAAAAGGUGCUGACUCUAGCCUCGCUCAAAAGUGGAGGAUUACAGCCCAUCGCAGACUUCUGGAAACUAGUAGAAGCUGAGAAGGAUGAAACUAAAAAGUAUGUCCUUGCUGCGGGGGUGCUCUAUUUCUUGCCAUUGCUUGUGCGGGAGAAAGCCGGUGCACUUUUUACAAAAAUGGACAAUGCACAAGAACACGUUCAUCCGGUUGUUGUCUACAGCGGAGAUGACGUCUUCAGUAGCGACUCCGUCCAUGUCCACGUUGAGUCACUGAGGAUUGACGUACUUGAUGUCACUAGCGCCAUCUCCACCCU